AUUUCAAAUCUCGUGAGAGUACGAGAGCACAGUUCCUCAGUUUCCUCUACCUUCAACAACAACAACGGGAUUUGAGUGUUGCUAAAGAGGGCGUUUACGCAGAAAAACAACCACUGGCAACUUAAGUUUUCAUCGUCGAAAGCUUCAUUCCAUCACUAUGGAAGAGACGAAGGAGGUUGUGAAGACGGACAAGUUUGGAGAUGUGACGGUGUAUGUCUCGGGAGACCGCAAGCUGAGGGUGUUCCUCACUGUGCAUGACAUUGGACAGAACCACAAGUCGUUCCACCAGUUCCUGCUCCACGAGGACAUGAAGGCCAUCCUCAGCAAGUUCUGUAUCGUCCAGAUCACUGUUCCUGGGCAGGAGGAGGGAGCUGAGACCCUGCCUAAUGACACUGCAAGUGGUUUUGGCUCUCCUGCUCUGCAGAGAGCCUUUAAAGCUUCUCCAUCUCUGCGAAGAGCCGUUUCUUUUAAGAAGAGCAGGCCGCCUUCCGUAACAUCUGACCAACCAGCGCCGGCCCCAGCUCCGGCCCCGGCCCCUGAAAAAUCUGAUGAACAAAGCUACAAGUUCCCAACCAUGCAGGAGAUGGGCACAGAAGUGAUUCCUCAGGUCCUGGCAGCUCUUGGAUGUAAGUCCAAGGAUGUGGUUGGAUUAGGUGUGGGGGCUGGUGCCAACAUCCUCUGUAGAUAUGCGAUGGUCUCAGCGUACGAUGUGCUGGGGCUGUGUCUGCUGGAGUGCAGCGCUGAGUCGGCAGGCUUUCUGGAAUGGGGACAGGAGAAGAUUGCAUCUCUACAGCUGAACAUGAAGGGGAUGAACCCCACCAGUGAGAGCUACCUGAUCUGGCACCACUAUGGAAAUGACUUGGCCAAGGCUAAACAUCAGAAGCUCAAAGAGGUGCAUGCCUUCCACGACAACCUGUACAAGACCAUGAACCCCCAUAACCUGGCCUGCUUUGUAGAGACUUACAUGGCCCGUACCAACUUCAUGGACAAGCUGAAGACAAUGAAGUGCCGUGUGCUGAUGGUGACUGGUAGCAGGUCGGCCCAUGUGAAGGACGUGGAGAAGACAUACACUGCAAUGGACCGUCAAAACAGCGAGAUCCUAAAGCUGGAUGGAGGGGAUGUCAUGGACGAUAACCCAGAGAAGCUAGCUGAAAGUAUGCUAUUCUUCCUGCAAGGCCUGGGACUGGUUUCGUCUGUCCGCUCCAAGAAGAUGUCACGAGGAACAUCUCUGUCAGGCACGGAUGCAUAAAGUUCGAAAUCUGUGCUCUUCAGCUGUCUUUAAAGUGCCUCGUGCACAGUACUGUAAAUCCAGUAACUUUUGCGGCGAUUUAUUUUGCAGUAUGAAGGAAAUAAUUUUUUUUGCAGAUUACAAUUCAGUGUGAAAUUGUAGGGAAGAGGUCACUGCAAAUACUGCAAAAUAAAAGUCCACAAAAGUUGCAAGACUUACAGCAUUGAAAGACUCAGAUGCAUUUAAAGGGGGGCACUUUGAAGACUUGUCCUGCAUUAUCUCCAGCUUAGACGUUAAGAGGUAAUGCUGUUAGUUAACUUCAAGGUACAAAGAUGUCAAGUGGCAGGCUCUCAGUAGGGUACCAAACAAACUCUAAGUGUGCAGCAUUUUCAAGCCCACAUGUGCAUUUGACAAGAUUUUGAGAAGCAGCAGAGAAUUGCUGGGUUUUGACCUUUGGUUUCUUGAUGUUUUGUUCAGCAAGUAUUGAAGAAAGUGGAAAAUUGCUUUCUUGAUUUUAAGUCAGAUUACAGCUGUGUUUUAAGGGAAAGCUAGAUGUAUAAUAAUUUGCUACAUUUAAGGGAAGCAUUUUGUAUGUCAGUUUCUAUUAAUUUUCUAUUCUGUAAGUUGUACUUUUUGAAGAAAAUCAGCUGACUUAAGUCACAUUGAGCUCUUAACAAAAAAAUUCUUUUGAUGUCAGUUGUGAGCAUCCCUCAUUUUUGCAUUCAGUUUUACAGCAAGAUGACAUAUUGUCCAGCCGCGCUAAAAUUUUGUUACCUUGUACGUUAAGUUGGGACACUGUGGAUGGGCCCAACUGCACCGACAAUUGUAAAAAUCCUGCACACGGACAAAGUUUACCCGUAGCAUGUAAACCUAGGUGUAGACAUGCAAGAGAUACACAACAGCUUUUGUCAGUAGAACACCAAGCAGAACUACCAAUGAGUUUAAGAACAACAGCAAGGAAAAAAGUCACCCUUUGAAGUAUGAUACUCUCAAGCCUUAUUGACGUUGUAAACACUUCAGAAUGAAUACACAAGUGUAGUAAGUAGCACACGUAAGCUGCAUGGUUACGAAUAUUAGCAGUUCCCUGAUAUUUGUGCAAUCCACGUUACAUGCAAAAUUGCUGCCAAAGUACUAUGAACUGGCAAAGAACCUACAUUUUGAAUUGGUCUCUGUUCUUGAAAAAGGUAAGACUGUUCACAUUAGCCUAGAAAGGAAAACAAUUGUUACAGAGUACCCAGUAGAAACAGGACAAAGUGUAAGUUGCAAAGUUUUGCAACUGCUUAGUUUUUAAGUGAAGUCUUAAGAUGUGUAUCCAGUUAAAGUUUCAGUGUAUUUGUGAUAAUGAUCACUAUGAUGAUGUUAGCAGGCAAGCAAUUAGGAGUGCUGCAACAAUUUGAGAAGCUAUGUUCAGGUCAAUACCAAAAUGGUGUACAGCUUGUUAGCUAUGCUGUUUAUUUAGGAAUUUGCUUGAAUGUGUUCAUGUUUUGACUUGCACGCAUGGUUACCAUGAUUGAAUUAGGAAGGCAUGAUAUAUAUAUCUACAACUGCCCCUCUUAGUUCUCCACUUAUAUAAUAUGAGCUGGUGUUCAAAGUACCGUGUAAAGAUAAGCUGAUGAAGUUAACAGUGAUAAGAACUGUUUAAAAUCUCCUUUGUUGUCCUUGAAAAUAUUGUGCAUGUAUUAGCGCUACAGUGUGUACUACAUGCGGUUGGAGAAAGGUUGUUGAUUACUCUAUACAUUUGUAUAUUCAUCGCUAUACGUUUUGUAUACUUGGACUUUUCCAUUUUCAAGUCACAGGAGGGCAGGCCAGAAGUUGAUCAUUGUUUGACAAUGCCAAUUUUUCAUUGUUAUCUCCCAUUUAUUUCCCUGUCCCACUCAAUCUUUCAAAAUAGAAUAGUCUUGAGUGCUACUUGCAGUUGGGUGGUCUUUGUUUUAUGGUUGCAGCUUGCAACAUUUGAAAUGAGCUAUUAAAAUCCAUGAAAAGUGUGGAAAACUAGUAGCUGUCCAAGAAUCAUACAUCAGAAACAGAUGUAGUGCUGAAUUCGAAAUGUUUGUUUUCAUGAUUUGAGAUGCUUGUUUUUAUUUGCUGGUAUGUUUUUACUUUAGCUUGAAAUCACAUAUUUAGUGUUAUUCAAGGAAAAAUUAUUGCUACAAAUGCAAUGUUACCCCAGUGUGUAUGUUGUAAAGACACUAGAAGUCUGUGUCCCUUUUUCUGUGUGUUGCACUUUUGAUAAAUAUGCCAUCCUAUAUUCAAUUUGUUAAGGAUUGGACAACAAUCUAAUUGUUGCUGGGAAGUUAGCUGAAUGGCUAGUGCAUUAAGAUGGCUGAUCAGAGGCAUAGCUUGGACACAUGCUCUCAAUUAUAAGCUGUACAUGUGGAUAGAAAUUGUUAGAAUUGUUGCUGAUUUGAUAUCAAGAUGAAUAGGCAAGAUACUUGUUCAGUAGGGAAUAUCUCAAACAAACUGUGGGACACUGAAAUUAACUACUCAACUUUCCAAAUGACCAAUGCAAAUUUGUUACCAGUGGACACCAGUAAAAUUUGAUAUCUGACAAACAAAAUGUGCCCAAAUUGUCGCCUAGUAUCCCAGUAAUUUUUGUUCAAAUAUCACAAGAAAAACGGAGUGUAAAGAAUGGUAUGAACAAUUUUUGUACAGGCGGUACAUGGUAAAAGAGCUACAAAUAUACCACAUAGACAAAACAUUUUGAAAGGAAAGAUUUCAAGCCAUCACAAAUGCCAUGUUUAAAAAAUCAUGUUUGAUAUAGCCGGGAUGGUUUUGUACAGUCUCUGAUCAGAAAUCAUAAUGUGCCUGUAGUAAUGCAUUGCUGUUAUUAUUGCUUAUACUUCUCAUCUAGGAUUAUUGACUGCAGUAUACAUGUAGUGACGUUUGGCUAUGUUGAAGAAAUAGAAAAUGAUGCCAUCUACAGCCUCAGGAUUCUUUAUUUGGAAGUUUGCAUCCAUUCCAAUGUUAUCACCAGUCACUCAAUGCAUGCCUAUUGGGCAGUAUAAGUAGUCGCAAUAAGGACACUUAAAAAGAAUGGACCAUAAGAAUAAGAUUGAGUCUAUCUGGGCGCUUAUAAUUUCAUUGAGAAUGAGAACAUAUAGAAGCUGAUAAGUUCUCUACAAGAAGCCUCAGAAGCUUGAUGUAAAGCAUUGCAUCGUUUUUUACGCUAAGAAGGCAGCCUUAUGCUGUACAUGUACCCCCAUUUUAGGUUAGUGAAUGAUUAUAUCAAAGUUUUAGACGGUUGUUGGUACGAAGUUGAUCCCAGAUGGGUUUUUAUGUGAAGCUUUAGUUUAAUGUUGUGAUGUGGUUAAGCACAUUCUUGCACGGUUGGUUCAUAUGGAACGAGGACACAAUAAACAGGCUACAUAUUGAA